AUGACAACUUUUACUGAUAAUAAAAGUUCUGAAAUUUCAAUAUAUUGGAUAAAAAAUCAACUUCUAAAUAAAACACUUUUGUCCAAUCAAAAGGAUCAAACUUUUUCAUCAACAAAUAAUUCAGAAGAACCUUUACCAAAAAAGCGAUCAUCAGGCCAACAACAACAUCAAUCUAUUUCAUCUAUAAUAAAAAACGCAAAAUCUAAAACUAUUCUAUUGAAAUCUAAUAAUAAAACUAAUCUUAAAUAUAAAAGUGGUGGUAGCUUUAAUGGUUUAAAAUCAUCUAUAAAUAUUGAACGUAAGCAUCCAGAGCUUAAGAUUUUAAUGGAUCAACAAUAUAAUUUGGAAAAAGAUAUUAUAAAUAUGAAAAAUAAUAUACAAAAAAUCCAACUGGCAAUGAGUUAUGAAGAAAAGGAUGAAAAAAAUACCAUUGAUGAAUUAAUUAAAAAAUGGAGAAGUGCAAGCCAAGAAGCAGCAGAAUUGUUACACUCCAAAAUGCCUAAAAGAAGUUCAUUCCUUGAAUAUUCAGGUUUUUCUUAUUCAUAUGGGAAUUGGGAUGUUGAUAAAGUUGAUAAAGAUUCUAUGACAUUUAUGCUUUUAAAUAUGGGGGUUGAUCUUGAUUCAAUAAAAUGGAAUCAAGAAGAUGAAUGCUUUGAAGAUCAAUGA